GAAAAUUUAGUUUGUUUACAUCAUGGCGGCCAAUGUAAAGGAGAAUGAAGAAAGAGAGAAAAAUGUCUUGGCCUGGAGGAACAAAAUGGAAAAAUCAAAGAAGGGUGAAAUCCUCAGAGAACUAAGGAAGUUGAGUGUACAGGUGGUGGCACUGGAAAGGGAGAAAACUACUCACCUGUACAGUAAAAGAAGCGAGUUCCGCCACGACUUCAGUGUACUGGAGGAGUUGGACUCCAAGUUGACGGGAGACAUCAAAUCAGAGCAAGUGAAAGUAAAACAGCAGCUUGAGAAGAUCAGUCACAUGGUCAAGCGCUUCCAUAAAGAACUGAAGGAUGUCAAACCCACGCCAGAGUUUGUAGAGAAACUGAAAGUUAUCAUGGAGGAGAUUGAGGGCACCAUAACAAGUUUCAAAGAAAAUCAAAGAAAGCAAUAUGAGGAGUUGAUCAGAGAUGAAAGAAUGACAUAUCAGGAAAUACAGGCCAUGGAAAGAAAAUUUGAUGCCUGGAGUCAGCUGGCUGAAAAACCGGACAACAAAUCGAAGACCCCCGCUGCUCCUCUAGCCAGCGCUAGAGACAUCACUAAAGAUUUACCCCCACAAGUCGCAGCCUUCGAGAAAUUUCUGGAGGAGACUGGUGGAAUAAGAGGUGGGUGGGAUGAGUAUGACCACGGGACAUUCCUCAAGUUCAGGAACAGAUACAAGGGAAAGAUUAUUUUCAUAAAGCAUGCACUGGUAGCCAUACCCACCAAAACAGAGGAAGAAAUCAGAGACCACGAAGAAUGGUACCAGACAUAUUUGUCCAUGAAUGAGAAAAAGAAGGAGAGUAUUAAGAAAUGGAGGGAAAAGAAAGAGGGUGAAAAGGAAGAGGUGCUAAGUAAAGUAGAAUCAGAAUUAGCAGAGGAUCAACAGAGAGAGGAGCAAAAACAGCAAAGGUUAAAGGAACAAAUCCAAGAGGAGAAAAGACAGAGAUUUAGUCAGCUGAAUGCUUGGAAGGUCCAGAAGGAAUUAGAAAGAGCUCAGGCAGAGGAAAAGAAAUUACGGGAAGCAUUGGACAAAGCACAGAAAGAAGAAGAUAGGAAGAAAGAAAAGGCUGAGUUGAAACAGAAAGUAGAAAACUACAAGAAAGAGAGGGAGGAGGAAGAGAAAUUUUUAGAGGAACAAAAGAAGGUUUGGGAAGAAGAGGAAAAGGAAAGACACAGACAGAAUUCUGCCCGAGAGAUCCACCGAUUUAGGGACAGGGACCAACGGAAAAUACAAGAGAAGCUUGCAAAGGAGAAGGAAAAGGAAAAUGAGAAAAUACAGAAACAGAAACGGCUAGACAGAUUAAGAGAACAGGUUGAUAUUGAGGUUGAUCGCGAUCCCAGCAGACUGUUGAAACCCACAGCAGGAUGGACAUCCAGACUGAAGGACAAGGGACCAUCAGGGUCAGGACCCGUCAUACAAAUGCCACACAGGUAUAUACUUCAUAGCUCAUAUAAGGUGUAUAUUUGCGUAAAUAUGAACUGAGGUUAAAAUCAAGUAUAAAGAUUUGCAUAAAUAUGAUUUUUUUAUGAAAUUUAAAUUUAGUAUUAAGAUACUUUAAUUUACAAACAUGGUGAUGAUGAAGAGUCCAUACUUCUCAGAAACUGGGGGAAAAAGAAUAUAAAAUAAUUAAUCUAGUUUACAGUGAGAAAGGACAAUGAAUAAAGCAAAAACGUAGUCUCGCCUGUUUUCAAAAAAACUAAUAGCUUUAUCACAAAUUAGGUCUGGUACGCAUUGAUAAAAAUUUGAUUACAAAAUCAGGCAUGGAUGUGUUUUUUUUUGGUUCAAAAUGUAAACGUCAGCUCUGUAUUCCAAUUUUAGGUUGCUUUUUCCAUACUCUAAGAGAGUGUUAGAGAUUUGGUCUAACAAUCCCAUUUGAGAAAUGAUGCCAUUGUCACAUACUGGUAGUUGUUGAACACUUGGCAAAGGAACAAUUGCUAUCUGGAUUGUUUUUUUUUGGGGGGGGGUGUAAUUGUUAUAGAUUUUUUAUAUUGGUAAUAAAU